UCUAGAGAGAGAGAGAGAGAGCAUGUGAAACAAGUAUGGAUUCAUGUGGCGAUGAAGGCAAAUUGAUCUCGCGGGAAGAAAACAUUACCUCCACAACGAGGACAUAUGUUCACACUCAGCCUCUUUAAGUUGAUGCAGACAUAAUCUUUCUUUCUCCUCCUUCAGUUGCUUCUCUCUACAAUUUCCAUUGUUUCUUCUCCUCUUCAUACUUGAGAGCUCAUGGAUUUUCUCCCCGAAGACGCUCCCUCAGGACCACCCAGUCUUACUGCACGUCGCUAUGCCCACCAUCAUCAUAUCUCGGACACUCAAGCCCAAGAAGACAACCAUGGAGUUCCCUCUCGGGACUCCAUUCUCAUGAUCAUCGUACCCAUCAUCUCAAUCCUUCUGGUUUUCGCACUAUGUCUGCUUAUAAUACUUCUCCGCAGACUCAAAUCCAGGAAAACCAAUGUCACCGGCAAAAUCAUCAACAACAGCGAUGGACUUUGCAGGUUCAAUGUUCAUAAUUCCAGGACUACUUUCAAUUCCAGCCCAGAUAUGAAGAGUCGUUGCUUUUAUGGAGGGAAUUCAAGCCGUCUGCCUUUAACUAAAUUUAAAGGAGUUCAAGUCUUCACCUACAGAGAGCUUGAAUUGGCCACAGGUGGAUUUAGCGAGGCAAAUGUGAUUGGCAAAGGAGGGCGUGGGGUGGUUUACAGAGGGACAUUGAGUGAUGGGACUGUAGCAGCAAUCAAAUUGGUGCACAGAGAAGGAAGACAAGGGGAGCGUGAGUUCAGGAUUGAGGUGGACUUAUUGAGCCGGCUGCAUUCGCCCUACUUGGUGCAGCUACUAGGCUACUGUGCUGACCAACAGCAUCGGCUUCUCAUAUUCGAAUACAUGCCCAACGGCGGUCUCCAUCACCACAUCCACCGCAUAAACAAGCAAGAUCAGCCGUUGGACUGGGCUACCAGGCUAAGGAUUGCGCUUGAAUGCGCCAGAGCUCUCGAGUUCCUCCAUGAGCGUGCAAUCCCAACUGUCAUCCACCGGAAUUUCAGGUCCAGCAACAUUCUACUCGACCAUAACUUCAGGGCCAAGGUUUCAGAUUUUGGGUCGGCCAGGAUAGGUUCCGACAGGACCAAUGGUCAGAUUACGACAGGCGAGCUAGGGACAACAGGCUUCUUCUUCCCGCCUGAGUAUGCUUCAACUGGUAAGCUAACUGCAAAAUCAGAUGUCUUUAAUUACGGGAUGGUUCUUCUAGAGCUUCUAACAGGCCGUAUACCUGUCGAUACAAAUCGCCCUCCUGGAGAACAAUUCCUUGUCACAUGGGCUCUUCCAAGGUUGACCAACAGAGAGAAAGUUGUGCAAAUGGUUGAUCCAACUCUAAAAGGCCAGUAUUCGAAGAAGGAGCUGAUUCAGGUAGCUGCUAUUGCUGCUGUUUGUGUGCAACCAGAAGCCGAUUACCGACCCCUCAUGACUGAUGUUGUGCAGUCCUUAAUCCCUUUAGUUAAAAGUCUCCCACCUACUUAUACCUCUACCUCUUCAAGAUUCCAAACAGUAAGUCCCAGGUCUUGAUUCAUCAUGGAAGCUGCAGCUUCGGAUGUUGUCUUCAUCAUCCAUGGAGUUCUUUCUAGACCAGAAAAGAUCUUCAGAGAUAUAAGGAAACAAAGCUCGAAGCCUUAGAAGACAAAAGAAAAGCUAGUACGGACAAUCUAAAUCUGAAGGCUUCUCAGCAAGAUAGUCUUGUUACACAAGUGCUGGCAACUCAUCGAGUGAUCAUUUUGCAUGAUGAAAUACAGUAUUGUUCAUUUUAGGUAUAUCGUAAAAGUGUAAUAAAUGCCUUAUCUGCUUGCAUCUGUGGAUGGGAUUUUGGUUUGUUAUAUUGAACAUGUGGUUAUGACAAAUGUAUUAUGUUUA